AAAGGGGGAGAUAAAAUGGCAUUGGGGCCGCCAAGGUUCUGCAUGGGAGAGGCGAUACAGCCGCUGCGAUUUUGCGCGUGUGGGCUGAUGGACAUCGCUGGCGGCUUCAGAUUGUUGUGUAUAUUCUUUUUGACUUGGAGCGUCGUGGGCUUCAUCAUGUCGUGCUCUAACCUAACAAGGAGCGAAUCGGCGUGGCAUGAAAAUGGAGUGUUCAGCACUCAUGCAGUCAGCACGAUUCGGGUCCUCAUUCAUUUGUUUUCUAUUUGCAAUCAGAUGAUGGGAUUGAUGGCACAUGCAAAGAAAGAUGUCAAAAAAGCUGACAUGCACUUCUGGGGUUGGAUUGUCUACACAGUCCUUUGCAUUUUUCUUGAAAUAUUCCGUCUUUCAACCAUAAGCGCGGACGUGAAAUCCUUCAGCGAAGGAUCACUGGAUCAUUGCUUGAGCAUGUUCACAAACUCCACAGAUACAGACCCGAGGGUGAUUGCUUGCAUGGAGUAUGACUCUACUUAUUACAAAUCCUUCGCUUACUUCUAUGGAAUAUUUUAUUUGUUUCUUGGCCUGGGAUUGAAUGCCUAUUUCGCAUUGGUUGCGAGAUCGUACUGGUACUACUUGCAUGACGAUCGUCUCGUCGCUCUCGGCCAAUCUAUUCAGGAUGAAUCUCUCAUUCCUCUGACUCCGCUAGAACAGCAAGCACUCGGCGGGGAUGGAAACGUCUAUGUGAAGAUGGACAAUCUGUUUGGACACAGCAGGAAUUGGUGAUGCUGGUAUAUCAUACGCAACAAUAUUGUUCACUUGUGAACGUUACGGCAGCCCGUGUUGAACGAAGUCAUAUUUUUUUUCUUGGGAGAAGAUUUGGUUUUCCUCGUGGAAGUUGCACGGAAACCAUAUUUAGUUCAUGCAUCUUAUCUGAUGAAGUCACAGUCCGCAACUCAGGACCAGAUCGGCAUGAUAGCAUUUGUUCGAAUCUUGCAGGUGUCAACAAGAGCCUCUAGUGCUUUUUUGUGUAUCAUAAAUCUCUAAGCAGUAAAAUCAACCGA